GGUGCUGCUCAGGGUCCGAAUGCUUUAUUACUUGCGUCAGGAGGUGAUCGGGGACCAGGCUGAGAAAGUGUUGGCAGGUGCUGUGUCCAGUGAAACUGACAUCUGGUUUCCACUCGUGGAUCAGGCAGAAGUGCCCACAGCCUGGUGGGACACGGAAGCAGACAAAUCUUUGCUUCUUGGGGUCUUCAAACAUGGCUACGAGAAGUACAACACCAUGCGAGCUGACCCUGCGCUCUGUUUCCUGGAGAAAGCCGGCCACCCAGAUGAAAAAGCCAUUGCUGCUGAGCACCGACCAGAUGUGGGCGAGGGGGUGGAUUUUGACAAGGACUGCGAGGAUCCGGAAUAUAAACCCGUCGGAGCCCCUGCCAAGGAACACGAGGAGGAGGGCGAAGCACUAAUGAUGAUGGAUGAAGAUAUAUUGGUGGUGGACGGGGAGGAAGGUCAGCCAGGGAAUCUUUUCUGGCCUCCAGCCUCUGCGCUCACUGCCCGUUUGCGGCGACUAAUCACGGCCUUCCAGCGGAGCUACAAGCGUGAGCAACUGAAGAUGGAGGCCGCGGAGCGGGGGAAUCGGCGGCGCCGGUGUUGCGAGGCCUCCUUCAAGCUGAAGGAGAUGGUGCGUCAAGAGAAGCAGCAGAGGUGGACACGCCGUGAGCAGUCGGACUUCUAUCACGUGGUUUCCAAGUUUGGGGUGGAAUAUGAUCCAGACACGAUGCAGUUCCAUUGGAGUCGGUUUCGGACCCUUGCCCGCUUAGACAAGAAGACCAAUGAGAGCCUAGCCAAAUAUUUUCACAGUUUCGUGGCCAUGUGUCGACAGGUGUGCCGCCUUCCUCCUGCUGCAAGUGAUGAGUCUCCAGACCCCACCCUCUUCAUCGAACCCAUCACGGAAGAGCGGGCCUCCCGCACCCUGUACCACAUUGACCUCCUGUGCCGUCUGCGGGAGCAAGUGCUGUGCCAUCCCCUCUUGGAGGAGCGCCUUGCCCUGUGCCAGCCUCCCGGGCCUGAGAUGCCGCUAUGGUGGCAGUGCGGGCGCCACGACGGGGAGCUGCUGCGGGGAGUGGCCCGCCACGGCCUUAGCCAGACUGACACCACCAUCAUGCAGGACCCAGACUUUUCUUUCCUGGCGGCUCGGCUCAGCCACCUGCACAGUCAGGCAGGGGGCACAGGGACACCCCCUCUUCCGCCCCCAGGGCCAGCCCAGCCUACAGGGCUACCCCUUCCGGGGGUCAGCACGGCGGAUGCUCCAUCCCCCCUGCUCCUCGCCCCACCUUUGAAUGAGCCAUUUGCUCCACCGCAACAGCCGCUCACUUUGCCCCCCAAACCCGAAUCGGCUGAGGACUCUGACUCCGAACUUGACCUCAGCAAGAUUUCUGCUUCGUUGUCGUGUUCGUCCUCCUCAGCCUGCUCCGAUGACAGUGAGGGUGAAGAGGCUUCUUGUGGCGGGAAACUCUUUGAGGAGGAGGAAUCCUCGCUACUCUCUCUGCCCACUUCCCACGAGGGCAACUCCCCGCAGCCUAGUGCCUCAGAUCUGCUGCUGCAGGAGUGCCAAAGGGCCCACGAGUGGCCAAAGGACCGUGUCCUCAUCAACCGUAUCAACUUGGUGUGCCAGGCUGUGCUGUCCGGAAAGUGGCCCUCUCCACAACAGGGCCAGGUAGUGUCCUGUGUUGGCCAGGGAGAAGGCCUGCCCCACUUGCACGGAGAGUACACCACCUCCCCCAUCCCUCACAUCUGCCCACUGGCAUCCCAAGAGGAAGGCACAACUUCCUUCACCCGCCUCCGACACGGUGACCAAGAGAAGGAAUUUACCGUGCAGAUCAAAGAUGAAGAAGGAAUCAAACUGACUUUCCAAAAGCACAAGCUGGUCCCUAAUGGCACCGUUCGAGAUCGGCCUGCUCUCACCCAGAAGAAAAGUAGCAAGAAAAUGGUAGAGCUGGAACUGCAAUGUCUGGAAGCACUGAGAGGCCCUGAUAUCGACCUGGAGGCUCAUAUCCCAGUGGUGAACAAGACAGAUGGGACACUGCUGGUGGGUGACGCGGCCCCCCGCCGGGCUGAUCUUGAAGUGUGGCUGCAGGCCCACCCCGAGUAUGCGGUAGAUCCUCGCUUCCUGGCUUACAUGGAAGAACGCCGGAAGCACAGAUGGCCCCGGUUCCCAAAACCUGUUCCAAUAGAGUCGAGUUGUCUGGCAGGGCUGGAGAGGAUGCAGGUAGCUGGCAUUUCUGCCAACGGUAAAAAGGGUUUUCUUCCUGAUCCGAUGAUGAAUCGCCUCCUUCCAGAAGCUGUGGGGGCCGACAACGCACAGAAACGCGGUCGCCAGACCCCGAUGGAGUUUUCCAACAUGAUGGCUCUGAUGGGAGCCGGCCGGGUCCAACUAGGAGCCGUGGGACCCCUCUCUCUGCACCACCAUGCCCACUUCCAAACCACCCUGGCCCAUGGCUCCGCCUUGCAAUACAUGCCGUUCCCCGCUGCAGCUGCCGUGGCCACUGCUGCCACCACCUCCGGCACCCUUCUCCACCCGGGACUGGUCCACGCUGACUAUGCUGCCACCCACUUGCACCUGGGCCACCCUCAGUGUGUGGAUGAAGACAAGGAGGAAGACGAGAUGGACAACUUGUCUCAGGGCUACACCAGCUCGGAACGGGACUUUUCCUUGCUGGAUGACGACCCCAUGAUGCCGGCCAACUCUGACUCCAGUGACAAAGGGGAGGAGGAAGGAGAAGACUGAACUUAAGUCCAGAGGGCAGACGGACUGAUUCUGACAGGGCCAGCACCUCCCGGGGCGGGGAGCUAGCCAUCCUCAUGACAUUGAAUUUGAAAGACCAGAGACUCGGGAGUCCCAUCGGGGGCCUGCAGCAGGUUUCCUUUCAUCCCCACAUUGGUUGCUGGGAGGACAAAGCCAGGCUCCUUCAAACCCCAGCAAGGGUUGGAUGGGGGAAAGGGGGGAAAAAGUGACUUGCCUCCAAGGAUGCUCGUGUGGGCCUUAUUUUUUUUUUUUUUUUGGGGGGGGGGGGGAGAAAUUAAAAGGUGGCUGUUGGCUGUGUGAGCAGAUCCACCGCUCUUCCCGCAGCACUUGGAACUGUCACCCAAGAACGUGUUUCCGUGGCUGCAAUCUCGAGGCAGUGAAAUGAAACACCCAGCCCUCCUCUUCCUCCUCCUCCCCCAUUAAGCUAAGAGGACCUUGGCUCUAAGUAGCAACUCCUUCCCUUCCCUUUGGUUCUCCCCACAGCCGGCUCCUUUCGCCACUGCCACCAUUGCCAUCGCCCCAGUUCAUGUGCUGUAAUAUAAGUGCAAAAGAGACGGUGGGGGGAGGAUGCCUUUUCCUUUCCCUCCGUACCCACCCUGUCUCCGUGUGGGGUGUGGUGGGGUUUAUAUUUAUAAAUAUGUAAUAUGUCUUGUGUAAUAAUGGCAGAGGCUGUGGGGGUGGGGGUGGGGGUGAAAGAAUGAAUUGCAAGGGAGUUUAAAAAGUCAGCGAGGGCGGUGGUUUACUGGUGGCAGGGAGCUGAGGGGAGAAAGAGAAGAUAGAGAGCUUCCUGUAGCUGGAUUCUCCUUCCCCCCCCUCUCUUUUGUUUUUUGUUUUUUAAUAAAAGGAAGAAAAUGCACA